GGGUGUGCGUUUGUGAUGUGAAUUGGUAAUGAUGGCUCCUCUUCCCACCUUCAUCAGGUGCAUUGAUCCCGUACCAAAAGGUUCUGCAAAGAAGUGACAUAUUACUCAAGAAAUCACUUGGUAAUACCUUUUCUCUCUACACUUCCAACUCAUACCGAUACAAGAUGUCUGUGGAAAAUCGAUUCGAUAGCGAAGCAUUGAAAUGGGACAGCAAACCCGAAACCGUUCAAUCUUCUCAAGCGUUCUUUGAAGCAUUAGUUAAACGUAUACCUGAGCUGUCCAAAUCCGAUGCCAAGCUGACAUUUUUGGAUUUAGGUUGUGGAACAGGAUUGCUUUCACAACGUUUAGCGGGCUGUGAAGGUGUUGCAAAAGUGGUCGGAGUGGAUACGUCUGAUGGAAUGAUUAGCAUGUUUAAUGCAAAGCAAGAUACCGUUCCAGGUGGUCAAAAGAUGAAAGGAUUUGUCAAGUUACUUGAAGAUCCAAAUGAUUCCGUUUUGGAGGGAGAGAAAUUUGAUUUUGCUGUUGUGCACCUGGCACUUCAUCAUAUUCCCAAUAUGGCAAGCGUUGUGAAGACUUUGGCUGGCACGCUGAAACCAGGAGGCAAAGUUGUUCUUUCGGAUUUUGAGAAUGAUGGCCAACAUGCACUCAGAUUCCACCCAGCAAGCAAACAUCAUGAUGUCGAACGACAUGGUGUGACAAAAGAAGAGAUGCAAAGUAUAAUACAACAAGCAGAUCUGAAAGAUAUCGUGGUAGAGAAUAGUUUCUCAUUGGACAAGACUGUCGAUGGGAAAGCUGAACCUUUCCCCUUCCUUUUGGGUCAAGGAACCAAGAGAAGUUGAGCGCACAACCUCUUUCACAGAUUCGAGUAACAUACAGUACAU